AAAAUCUAAUCAUGGAAUUUUUGGGUGAAAUAUUAACCUUUGGAAUUGACACUGUCAUAUUUGCUAUCUGUUUGAAACAAUAUAUUUAUUGCAGAAAUGCGAUUAAGGCGAUUCAGAAUGUUGAACUGUGUAAUGUUGGGUCAGAUUUGGGAAAUAUUUUAAAUAAUAGGACACAGAAUAAAAUAGAUUAUAUUGCUGUCAGAGGACUUGUAAAACCUUUAGGAGAACCAUUACAAAGCAUUAAUAAAAAAAAUGUUUUUGGAGUUAUACAAACGCUUAGUGUCAAAGAACAUGUUGUUGCUAGAACAUCUGCUGGUUUUUGGUCUGAUCAAAAACGAACAAUGCAGAAAGUAUUUAAUACAGUACCAUUUGUUUUAAAAAACGAAUCUUAUAGUGUAGAAGUAAUAGAUCCUUUAUCUGCCAAUAUCUUAAACCUGGAUGUAAUUUCUGAUCAUUAUGAGCCUAUUAUUCCUACAGUAAUAGAUCAUAUAUGGGGAUUCUUAACAGGAAUACGUCAGCGUGGUUUGCAAACUACAGAGAAAAUGUUGCGUGUGGACUCAAUUGUUACAGUAAUAGGUGAGCUUUCAAAGUCAAAGACUAAUUCUGACAGGCUUACUUUGCAACCACCAUUAAAUGGAUCUCCUUUUUAUAUAACAAGCAUGUCAAUUACUACUUUGCUACGGAAACUUGAUGAUCAGAGAAAAAUAUAUAGAAUAGUUUGCAUAAUAUGCGGCACGGUUGGAUUAUUAAUUGGUGGAACUGCAAUGAGACGUUAUUGGAAAGAUAAGCAGCAGAAAAGAACGGCGGAAGAGUUGCGACGUAGCCUUGAAACCUCUCGUAGAGAAAGACGACAAAGAGUUAGAGAUACGGAUCUUAGAGCAGAUCAAAUAUGCGUGAUAUGCAAUACAAAUGCACGUGAAAUUAUUUUGUUGCCUUGUGGUCAUGUAUGCAUAUGUGAAGAUUGCUCAAACAGCAUUAAUAAUAAUUGCCCAAUUUGUAGAACACCUAUCACUCAAAGAACAGCUGCAUAUAUUAUAUAAAUUUUAUUUUGGAAUAUAUAAAUAUCUUGUAACAAAAUAAGAAAAGGAAUAUUUUUACUAUAAUAACAAAACAAAUAGGAUAUGAAAAUAAUAAGGGAAAAUAUUUUUUAUAAUUU